AUGUCAGGUGGUAGAGUAUCCAUGAAGCGCAAGAGGGAGGAGGAGUCACCCUCCAAUGAACAAGGGCAAGAAGAGAAUCAACUGUCAUGCAUGUUCUGCAACAAGAAGUUCCCAAGUCCUCAAGCUCUUGGAGGGCACCAGAAUGCUCAUAAGAAAGAACGAUCUCUCCUUAAUAUAAAGCAAGAGGAACACAUCAUCAAUGCUUUGGGGCAUAGUCCUACAACCACAAAUGUUUCCUUUCCCUUGCAACCUAGCACACCCUUUUAUCCUUUGCCACAUUCAUACCUUCCCUCCUUCCAAGCUAGGACACCCUUUUAUCCUCAUUCACGUACAUACCUUCCCUUGUUCCAAACUAUGGCACCCUUUUAUAGUGGUGCACAGAUGAACUCCAUGCCUCCUCCUGGAUAUGGCAUCAACCUAGGGUUUUCAUCUCAAUGGAUGACGAACCCUCCAAGUGCAGUUGCUGGUCCAAGUAAUCCAACUCCAAAUUCAUCCUCACAAGUUUUGGACUUGACUCUCAAACUUUAA